CAGAUGGCAUAGGUCUUUGAGGCACAGCAGUCCACUCCAGGAUUCUAUUCACUCCAGCCAGUCUUCAUCAUUCAGGUUUCUGAAGCAGCCAUGGCAAGAGUACCUGAACCCACCAGUGAAGUGAUGUCUUAUGGCUACAGUGACAAUGAGAAUGACCUUUUCUUUGAGGCUGAUGGUCCUGGAAAGAUGAAGUGCUGCUUCCAAGACCUGAACAAUAGCUAUCUGGAAGAGGAGGGCAUCCAGCUUCACAUCUCCCACCAGCUCCAUAACAAGAGUCUGAGCCAUUUCGUGUCAGUCGUUGUGGCUUUGGAGAAGCUGAAGAAGAUAUCUGUACCCUGCUCACUGCCCCUCCAGGAUGAUGACCUGAUGAACGUUUUUCACUGCAUCUUUGCAGAAGAACCCAUCAUCUUUGAAAAGUGUGAUGAUGACGGCUUUGUUCAUGAUGCACCCCCACGAUCCUUGGACUGCAAAUUCCAGGACAUAAACCAAAAAUCCUUGGUGCUGUAUAACUCGUAUGAGCUUCGGGCCCUCCACCUCAACGGAACUAGUGUGAACCAACAAGCGGUGUUCCGCAUGACCUUCGUGCAAGAGGAUGAAGAUAAUAGCAAGAUACCUGUGGCCUUGUGCAUCAAGGAAAAGAAUCUGUACCUGUCCUGUGUGAUGAAAGAUGGGAAGCCCACCUUGCAGCUGGAGAUGUUAGACCCCAAAGUUUACCCAAAGAAGAGGAUGGAAAAGCGAUUUGUCUUCAACAAGACAGAAAUCAAGAAAAAGGUGGAAUUUGAGUCUUCCCAGUUUCCCAACUGGUACAUCAGCACCUCUCAGGCAGAAGCAAUGCCUGUCUUCCUGGGAAAUAACAGAGGUGGUCACGACAUAACUGACUUCACCAUGGAACUCUCUUCCUAGAGACCUGUACCCAGAGAGUCCACAAGUGCUGAGUAACUCUUAGUGCUGGUGGAAAGGGAAUAGAAGGGUUUAAACGUGACCUCAAGCUGAACUUCACUCUCUAAUCGGUGCACAGCUGCCUUCCCUGAAUCACUGCUAAUAAGAUCUCCUGCCUACCAACCAGGUGGAAGAGCCCGCUUUUCUCGGGGCCAAUCCUCAGACCCCCUCUGCUGAGUCAGGUCCCUCUCAUCAUUUCUGCUCACCCGAAGCCAGCCUGGCAGAGGCCGUUACACGUUAGGUGCCAAGAAACCCUCUGUCCUUUAAGCCCAGCUUCUGAUGAACAACCACUUAACUAUUUAUUUAUUUAUUUAUUUAUUGGUGGGUUAUUCUAUUUAAGUCAAGAGGGCCAAGAAGCAUCAGUGUCUGUGAAAGAGCCCACUCUUCAAGAGCUAUGAAAUGAAUUUAAUUUGCACUAAUGUGCCAUCUUUCUAUCAAGUCCUUUCACCAAGGCUGAAAAAGAUAUAAGCUCAGAUUGUUUGAACAGGAAUAUUUAUGAAUGAUUAAGUAUAAUUACACUGCUUCAAUGAUUCUGAAAUAAACUUCA